UGGUCCUCUACUGAUGCUGAAGAACACCUGGAUGAAGGCAUUGCAGCUCGCCAUUUCGAUUAAAAAAACAACAACUAUUUAGCUAACAACUAUGAAUUACAACAUUCUGUCCAUAAUAUGGGCGAUAACACUACCUGCGUGCAUGGCAAUCCAUGGAUUAUACAAUUUCGGUCAAUCCGAGUUAUUCUACAAAAAGAAUAACUGCAAACCCAUCCCGGCCAAUCUUCUCCUGUGCCAUGACAUAGAAUACACCGAGAUGCGCCUCCCGAACCUUCUCGGGCACGAGACAAUGAACGAGGUUUUGCAGCAAGCCUCUUCGUGGAUUCCACUGGUCCAGAAGCAGUGUCACCCCGACACGAGGAAGUUUCUUUGCUCUCUCUUUGCACCGGUGUGUCUGGACGAUAUGGAUGAGCCUAUCCAGCCGUGCAGGUCGUUGUGUGAGAGCGUCAAACACGGUUGCGCACCGGUGAUGUCCGCGUUCGGGUUCCCGUGGCCAGAUAUGCUUGACUGCGAGCGCUUCCCGCCCGACAAUGACCUGUGUAUCCCUCCAGCGGGCAUCGAUCAUUUCAUGCCAGUCACCAAAGAAGUGCCCAGAGUGUGUGACGCCUGCAAGGAAAAGGAGGAAAACGACAAUGAAAUAGUUGACAACCUGUGCAAAAAUGACUUCGCCCUGAAGAUCAAGGUAAAGGAGAUCUCCUACAUGAACGGCGACACCAAGAUCGUGCCCGAAACCAAGAGCAAGACCAUCUACAAGCUGAGCGGCGUGACUGAGCGCGACCUGCGCAAGACGGUGCUCUGGCUCAAGGAUGGCCUGCAGUGCGUGUGCGACGAGAUGAACGACAUCAACGCCUCCUACCUGGUCAUGGGCCAGAAGAUGGAUGGCCACCUGGUGAUCACCUCGCUCAAGCGCUGGCAGCGGGGUCAGCGUGAGUUCAAGAGGAUCUCGCGCAGCAUCCGCAAGCUGCAGUGCUGAGCGAAGCAAGACUCAAGACCCGAUGAGUCUUAUCUAAACUCUAAGAGCCGGAUCUGGUCUGAUCCGGAUGCAAGUAGUUCUCAGUCAGCAUUGUUAAACGUCCUGUUUUUAGUACCAUGUUUAGCGCUGCCAUAGGCUACUUUACAACAAUUUCAUGGUUUAUUAGGAUCUCAUUUGAGCCAUCAAUAGUCCUUAAGACAAAGCAAAUCACAUACACAUUACAGUAAAAUCAAAGACAAACAGGCAAACUACACAUGUCAUGUUGUCUGCAUUUUUCAGUGUUUCUGAAAAGAUUGAAAAUCAUUAGUUACCAGUCAUUUUUUCAUGAUUAAAUGCAGUCUGUCAGGCUACACUUAUCCAGACUUGAUGAUGAGGCUGGAUACAUUUUAGUGCAUAGGCCUAUCAUCAGGUGAGAGGAGAGUGUGGUUUCUGUGUGCAUGGUGUGAUAUUGUUCAGAUGUGUUCUUUAAGAUGAUGAUAGUGAGACUAAGGUAUGUAAUGAAAUGCAAUGUAAUAAUGUGCUUUUUGUUACAUAUUAUUUUUCUCAACCAACGAGAGAUAGCUGGCUAUAUUCUCUGCCUUUUUAGAUACUACUUCCAAUGUAUCCCUGGCAUUGAAAGUUCAACGGGCCAAAGCAAGGCCCAUAUCAUUGCAAUGACGACGAUCAAUUAUUUGACCCUCUGCAGUCAAUGGACGGUCAACUUUUUGUACAUGAGCCUCAAUGCUGCACUGUUCCUAUUUCCACCACAAUUAUUGAUUAUGAAAUAUGCUUCUGUUUCAAGCUUUUUCACGUUAGUUCCUUUGACAUGCCAUUUCUGUGUUUCAAUUUUUUAAGACAUUUAUUCUCACUAUGACAGCGUGUCUUAGGUAUGUUAACUAAGUAUAUCAGGAUUGUAUAUUAGUGGUCGAUUGUUUUCAUUUCUUGGGGUGAAUGCAAAAAAAAGUGUGUGUGCAAAAAAUAGUGUGUGUGUGUAAAAUACUGCUUUAUAUAGUACUCUGUAAAUAUCAGAUAAACCUUGUAUUCUUGUACAUAGUUUUGGGAGACCGCAGAAGUUGAGACAAGUGUGAAUUCAGAUGGUGAUAAGUUUAAAAAAAUUACAACACUAAACAUAUAUUUGUAUAAUAUUAAUCUGAGAAGUGUAAUUCUUAUAAAUGACCGGUUGCUGCAUCUUUUGGUCCCUCUUAAUUAAAGGAAACAAUUCAAGGAACCUUUUAAAAUACAAAUCAAUUGCAUGUUUAUUAUGUUUGGAACAGAUAUGAAGUGAAGACCGGAGACACAGACGCAACCUCUUCAGAACCAUUCCAGACCAAGACCCAACAUCUUGACAACCAGAGCUAGAUUCAGCUUAUUGACACCAUGACAAGAUCCAGUUCAAAUGUGGAAAGACAAGAUCCAGACCAACCCUCUUAAAGUAUCCAUCUUCCUAAACAUUAGCAUGCCAAUACGGCCUCCACAUUUAAAGCAAGGUGCCAGGGCAAGUGAUGGUACUCAGUCUCAUUUAUUUGGUGCUACUGUAACAUGCGUCCUUUGUCCUGAUUUUGUCCACACCCUAAUUGUGCCCACAUUUGUAGACAGGUGUAGAUGAUUAAAAAAACACAUGGUGAUCUGAUCUUCUUGACCCCUUGCAGAGGUAGCAGAGCACGCAUUGUGUCUGGAUAUCUCACAAGUGUAGACAGAUCUGGACUGUAAAAACAUUUACAUAAUUUUCCGGGUGGCACCGUUGUCUUAAAAUGAAUACAUUCAUAUUAUUUUGAAACAAUAUCUGUCCAAUAAUUUGCACAGAGAGAGAGAUCAAAAAAUCUGUCCACAAUGCAGAGAAAGUGGACUGAUAAAAUACAAAUUUUAAUGCCCAAGUAUAGACGACAACCCCAUGUGAGCACCAGGUAUAAAUUGGGCUAGUGAUGUUCUGUAUCUUGACCACAUCAUGAGCUGAGACCACAAAGACUAGCCAAGACCCAGACCAAACCAAUACUUUGGGCACUGAGGCCCUGACCAAAAUAUCUUUUAGGGUAAAAUGUAUACAAUAAUGAAGAGCUCACUUGAGUAAUAGCACCAUCUGCUGGAUAUAUUUCAAAAGAAUACAGCUUGUACUGCAUACCUACAUGUAUUAUCAAACAAAUUAUUAACGAACAGGGCCAACAUGACAGUUAUGGGUAUUUUAGUGUUACCACUAUCAAUUUACAGAUAUACAUAUUUUCAGAAUAUGUGACCUAUGUGGGGAUCAAAUUCAUAUUAAUAAGAGUUAGGGAAAUGAGUAUUCUGUUUAGAGAAGGGAAUGGUUUAAUACAAAUACUGACCAAUCAUGCAUAUCCCGAAAGAAGGAAAUGAUCUCACUACAAUAAAUGUUAAUAGAAAGUUAGCAAAAAUAGAUCUUACUGCCAUGGAAGGAAAAUACCUAUCUAUUUGUGGAAAAAUCACCCUGAUUAACUUUUUAGUCAAAUCUUCCAGUUGACCUAUUUGCUUAUGGCCCUGCCUACACCUAACAACUUUUUAAAAAAAUUAUAUGAGCAAAAAAUAUUCCAUUUAAUUUGGAAUGGCAAGUCAGCCAAGAUUAAACAGGCCUAUUGAUAUAAAGUGCAUUUGGAAAGUAUUAAGACACCUUGACUAUUUCCACAUUUUGUUACGUUACAGACGUAUUUUACAAUGUAUUAAAUACAUUUUUUCCUCAUCAAUCUACACACAAUACCCCAUAAUGACAAGCGAAAACAGGUUUGACAUUUUUACAAAUG